CGUCUUUUUACAGGAAUGAUCUCAUGCAACUAUAAAACCGUAGCCUACUUUAUAAUAUGGAUUCGUGAAAUGAUUGCAUAAUAAGAUUAAGACAAAAAAACUUCUACUUUGUUGCUGGGUUCAUUGACUGAGAUACAUACGGCUUGGCAUUGAGAUAUAUUAUUGUGAUAUAGUACAAAGUAAGAAAAAUCUAAUACUGUAUCUUAAACAUGGCAGAUCUGAAAUUGGAUGAUUUAUGUUUGACGAGAAUAGUUAGUAGUUUUGAGAUUUUUAAUUAUGCGUACACUGCGUCAAUUGAUGCAUCUUUGCAUAGAAAUUUGGAAUUUUUACAGCGAGCCUAUUCAGCUGAACUAAUAGCAAGAAUGAGCGCUGAAAGAAAACUAUGUACAGAUUUCCUAAAAUUCCUAUUAAAUAGAUUUGUCAAAGAUUUGGAUUUCUCAAAAUUUGACUCUUGUCCCUGGGAGAGUGUUUUAGACAGUGCUACUGAGAUUGCUGAGAAUCUACUUAAGGUAACUUUUGAUGAAGAAAUAUUCUUUCAACAUGACCAGAGAUUAAAAGGAUUUCUAGAACUGUUACAAAAUGUGAAGCAUCUGGUUUUGCCAUUUGAGUGUGAUGAUGAAACAGUAAAAAUUAUCUCUAGAAGUUGCCCAAAUCUUAUAGAAUUGGAUCUGUACGUCAGCAUUGUUAGUGAUGAUGCACUAAGGAGUCUGUGUGGUGCUAAAUUUGCUUCUAGUAUUCGCAUAUUGCAUUUGAGGUCCUUAAGCCGUAAUGAGAAAAUGAUUGCGUCCAUUCUUACUAGCAUGCCACGUCUUGAAAUUUUGAAUAAUUUUUAUUUAGUACAAGCAUUACAGUUUUUGCAUAGAUAUGAUCUUAUCACAAAUCAAUUAAAUGUAGUAAAAAAGUAUAUGUUAACUCAUCUUAAUUUAUCUUGUGUGCAACCAUCUGAUUGUGUGGAGGCUCUAACUAUAUGUACUGUUCUUUGUCCAGAUAUAAGAAACCUAUCUUGUUGUGUAUAUAUGCAAAGCCAUAUAGAUUUACUUUGUAACUUUAAUAAACUACAAGACUUAGAUUUGAAUUAUUCAGAAGAAGACCUACUUGAUCUGAAUAACUUCUUGAAAAUGAAAGGUUUUAAUUUAAUUUCAUUGCAAAUCAAUGGAUGUUUUUUAGUUUACAUUUCAGUUUUGAUAGAGAAUUGUCUGAAACUAGAAAAAUUGUGCUUGUUAAGGCUUAAACUUCAGUGGUCAAAAAAUGUUAGUGUCUUUAAUUUAAAACGUAUGGAAAGGUUAAAAAUUUUUAGUAUAGGCAUUCCGUACUCAAGUACAGAAGAUUUAAGCUUAUUACUGAAUUCUAUCCCAAAUGUAGUUUGUCUGUCUCUGUCAACAACCCUUCAUUUAAAAAGUGCAAUUUUGAAAAACUGUGACUUAAAGAAAUUAAAAUAUUUUAAUAUUGUUUAUGCAGUUUUGGAUGUAAAUUUUGUAACAUUGAUUCUUAAAACAUGUACGUCUCUCAAAAUACUGAAUCUUCAUUCAUGUUAUAAUUUAUCUGAAUAUGAUUGCAGAAUAAUAACUGCAGCUGCAUCUGCUGCAAAGAAUUCACCUGCUGUUACUUGGAACAGGUUUGCCCGUAUUUCAGAUGAUGGACAGUUUAUGAUGUGGUGAAUUCAGUACUGAUUCCUAGAAUGUUCUGAGAGUUCCUGGUGUAGGGAAUAUAGUAACAAUUGUCAUGAAUGUCUGAAAUUAAUGUUAGAAUGUGCUUUAUUUUAAAAUUCCUUCGUUGAACAUUCAGUGUAUUCUAAUAAAAAUGUUAUCGAAUGAAAAUUAAUUUUAAUGCUUGUAUUUUGUGCUGUUUUUUUAAUUAUUAUUAUUUUUAAUGUUUAAAUAUUGUUGUAAUGUUUAAAUAUGUGUUAAAAUAUUGUUCAUGUAUUCUUGUUUAUUUUGAGAGUUCGUAAUUUAUCCACUGCUUAACAGAUAGAAAUAAUUUUCUUGGCUACAGAAAUAUUUCAAAAAUUAAUCAAACCAUUACAUUCAUUCCCUCAAGCAUCUUAUAUUCUACAUUACUCACUUUAUUAUUAAACCUUUAGAAAGUAUAGUUUUGUACAGGUAAUGUUAGUUUCCUUCCAGAGUAUUGCAUUGAUAUUGUGAUUAGAAGAUUAUUUUCUAGUAAAAGUAUUAUCCGCAAUUCUUGUUCAUAUGUUUCAACUCUGUGCCUUUUCUACUUAAGUAUCAAUGCUGCUAAAUGUUAUUUUCCAGUUGCAGCAUAUAUGUAUGAUCUUCAGUGCAAGUAGAGGAUUCAUCAAGCACUCUUGAAAUUAUGUUAUCUAUGUCUGUGUUUCUUCAUAAAAGGAAAAAAAAAAAAAAAAAAAAAGAACAAUUUAAAGUGUUUUGAUUUCAAUGAAUGUAAUGACAUGAUUUUUUUGAAAUACUUCUUUUCAUAAGAAUAUUUUGAUCUGUUAUCUGGUGAAUAUUCAUGUGUAUAAAUAGAGUACAAAGUCCAAAAUCUGGGCAUCCAAUAUCAGGACUAGCAGAUAUUUUUUUUAAUAAAUAUAUAUAAAGUUCAGGAAUGGAGAAUCUAAUACUUGAUUUAUCUCUUGACUAACUGAAAUUUCUGUGUGAUACUUUCAAGACCUGCUGUCUAGAGCAGGGUUUCUUAAACGUUUUUCAAUCGCAACCCCUUUUUAUCACUGAGAUUUUUCAGGACCCCAUAAUAUUUUUAAAAAAUUAGUUGGACCCUAUAAGUAUUGUGCAAAUCUGACACACACACAUGAGUGAAACUGUCAAUUUUUCAUUUGCACUGUGAUAUACUAUUGGAGUUUUAGGUCAUUAACUUUAAUUUCGAAGACAUAGAACAAUGUGAAAAUUUUAAAUAAGUACAGACGAAAUGACAGCUUUUUUCUUUGUCUGUAUUGUCUUUAUCUAUAUUCAGAUACAUUGUGUAAAAAUAUUUGAUAAUUGUAAAAUUAUUGUAAUAAGUCAAAGAAAUAUCAAAAUUGCUAAAAUUUUUGGUGAUCCCUUGCUGCACAUUGCGACCCACAGUUUACGAAACCCUGGUCUAAAGAAUCACACUGUGGCCAAUGACAAUAUACUCAUUGGAAGGACCACAUUUUUGUGGCUGUGGAGGGGAGGUUAAAAUUUUUUUAAUCUGAUAUAAACAGUUGUUGAAACCGUAAGACAUAUUUGUUUGAAGUGGGAUGUUGCUCAUACUGGCUGUCUUUUGCUGCUUAUGAAAGUGAGAAAGAGAUUAUGAACUUAAUAUAGCAAAUUGCUCUCUUCUUUAACUUUUUAAUUUGACUCAGUUUAUAAUUUUUUGCAGGCCAUUAUUAUUAUAACUAUCUUAUCAAAUUAAAGUUUGAAUUUUUGAUAAUGUUGAAAUGAGUUUCUAAUUCUGGAGCUGUAGCAGGCAGGAUUUGGAAAGUGAAAGUAUAUGUGGUUCUUGCUAUCUCUAACAGCCUUAGUUGGAGAAAAUAGUAUUAAUACAAUUCAGAUAUUUGGCACCUUCUCUUUCUAGCAGACUUUUGAGGAAACAUUGAAUAGAUGGAUGCAUCCCUAUGUAGCAUGAGGAGAAGCUGAGAAGGGAAUUUCUGUAUUGAAUGUGGCUUUGUAUUUACAUCUUAUUUUAUGAUAAAAGAUUAAGUAAUUGAUGUGUUUCUAUUACAGUUGAGAGACAAAAGAACUUCAUCCAUUCUCUCACCCCUCAAAAAAAAAUAAAUAAAUAAAUAAAAAUAAAGCAAAUUUGCCCUUCUUAAAGGCAAGAAUAGUGCCUGACCUGUCUGCACCUGGCACAAGUUUUUGGACAGUUUUGAAUUUAUGGAUUUCCUUUUGGUGAAAACUUAUUUCUGUAUGAUGGACAAGUAGCAAUAUGUCCUUUUUUAAAAUAAAACUAUAGAAAGGAAUAUGUUAGAAUUUCUUUCAAUAAAAAAUUUAUGAAAUCAAAA